GUACCAAGUUUCCACUUCCAGCGAUCUCCAUCUUUCUUAUCUUUUGCAGUAGAGUUCCAUCAGUUAUCUUGAAAACAAGCUUCUUACGUCAAACUGUACCGGUUCUAUCAUAGACAAGUGAAAAGUGUGGUGUUUUCGAAAACUGCUCAUUCUCCAAUUAUAAAAUUUACAUCGUUGUGCUGCUAAAAAAUGGCCGUGAAUGUGAAUCAAGUCGGCGAAAAUAACCCGCCAACUACGGUGUGUGGUUGGCCUAUUAACUUAUUUGCCCCAACGGUGGAUAUCAGGGGUGCGCUUAUCGAUAGAUUACGAAGAAUGUCAGUUCUCUUUCACGGUAUAGUGGAUUAUUUGGAUGAAAAUACGUUCAGGAUUGAUACCACUCAAACCGAAGUUAUUGACGCUCAACCAACGUCUUCGACUCGAGAUGAUGUUGAGAUUACAAUUGAAAACGAUGAUUCCGACAGCGAAGUGAUAGAUUUGUCACACCUCUUUGAAGUUCCAUUGGACCAUCCUACCCUCGUCACAUUCAACGACUAUCCAGAAUUUUUCUCUCCGCCGGGGACUCCAGUUUCUGAGGUGGAGAUUGAAGAGCAGGAGCCGGUGAUGAUUAAUCGCAACCCGAACCCAGUGGCAGAUGAGCCAAUAAUAAUUGAAGAAGAGGAAGAAGAAGGCUCUAGAUGUCCCAGGGGAUGCGACCCAUUGGUGUGCUUUGUCAUGAUCCUGGUUGCAGGAUUAGCGAUUUCACCGUUCCUGAUAUAAACUCACCAGUCACUGAUGGAUGUAGGCCUACAAGUUUGUUUGUUAUCAUGAGUAAAGUAAGGAGAGUAGGCCUUCUCAAGGAAAAGUUGAUUUGUCAAGUGUAAAUUUAGUAAAUUGGUGUUCACUUAGUCGUAUGUUUUUUUCUUGUUCACUAUUAAUGUUUUUUGAAAAGUAACAAUUAUUGAAAGUAGUAAAUAUUAAUUUGUACAAUUUUUGAAAGUAAUAAAUAUUGAUUUGUACAGUUUUUGAAAGUAAUAAAUAUUGAGUUCACAUUAAUUGUACAAUCA